AUGGCAGCCGAUAUGGUCGGCGGGCAGAGCGAUGAUGUCCACCAGAUACCCGCCGACACUACCCCCGCCUCCAUGGACCACUACACCUUCCCAGAGUAUCGCCUCAGGCGGACGAUGAAAGACCCAGAAAAGACCCCUCUCCUGCUGGUUGCUUGUGGUUCCUUCUCCCCAAUUACCUAUUUACACCUCCGAAUGUUCGAAAUGGCUGCCGAUCACGUCAGAUUCAGCACGGACUUUGAAAUCAUUGGGGGAUACCUAUCGCCGGUGUCGGAUGCCUAUCGUAAAGCCGGCUUGGCCAGUGCGGAGGAUCGGGUUGCGAUGUGCCAACUUGCAGUCGAUCAAACCUCCGACUGGUUGAUGGUGGACACAUGGGAACCGAUUCAGAAGGCCUAUCAGCCAACAGCUGUGGUGCUGGACCAUUUUGAUCAUGAAAUCAAUGAGGUCCGUAAGGGUGUGGACGCCGGAAACGGAACCCGGAAGCCCGUUCGCAUUGCUCUGUUAGCCGGUGCGGAUCUGAUCCAUACCAUGUCCACACCUGGUGUGUGGAGUGAGAAGGAUCUGGAUCAUAUUUUAGGAAAAUAUGGCUCUUUCAUUGUGGAGCGCAGUGGCACCGAUAUCGAUGAAGCCCUGGCCAGCUUGCAGCCCUGGAAAGACAAUAUCCAUGUCAUCCAGCAGCUCAUUCAGAAUGAUGUUAGCAGCACAAAGAUUCGACUCUUCUUGCGACGUGAGAUGAGUGUGCGUUAUCUCAUCCCAGUUCCAGUCAUUCAUUACAUUGAGCAGCAUCAUCUAUAUGAGGAUGAUGGCACGGCAGAGAAGGGUAAAGACAAACAGGAGGGUCGACAAGGAUGA